CAUUUCCUGCUACGCGUGUAAAUAGCGCAAAAGCCCCGCGAAUUAUGAGGACCGUAUGGAUGCCUGUCAUUAAAAACAAGAAACACGAUUGAUUUCGCAUCGUAGGGAGCUCAUACUUUAUUCAGUGUGCUUAAUCUCGGUCAGAGAUGGUAACUUGUAUGUGUAAACGGAGCUGUUUUGUGUGGUGACUAAGAUAAUCCAUGACAGAUUUAAAGUAUUCUGCCUUGUUACAGUUGGUCGGCAGCACCGUCAGAGGCGAGCUAAAUCAGUUCAUAUAGCUAGCUAGCUAGCUAGCUCCAACCCUAACCGAGCGUACAGUAGUUCCAUUUAUUAAAAGCAGACAUUGCAACGCUGAAGGCAUGAAUAGGCGAGAAGGAGAAGGAUGUCCCCGGAGAAAUGCUGAUGCAGUGCAGGACCGUGAUGCGAGUGCCGACCCAUCCUCACCUGUCAUUGCUGCUUUCAAAGUUUUCCAACAGGAGCUUGACACCAAACACGACAAAUAUGAGCGCCUUGUCAAGAUCAGUCGAGACGUCACCAUCGAAAGCAAGAGGACUAUUUUUCUUUUACAUAGAGUGACCAGUGUACCAAAUGCAGAGGAUAUUCUGAAUGAAGCAGACGUGAAACUGGAUGCAGUCAGGCAGAAAAUCGGUCAAAUUGCUGAAGAGCUCCGAGGAGAGGACAUCUUUCAGUUUCACAGAGCUUUCACAGCAGGGAUCCAGGAGUAUGUGGAGGCCGUUUCUUUCCUGCACUAUAUCCGCCAUCGCAACCUCAUCAGCCUGGAGGAGAUCAACGCCAGCCUGGUGUUCAUGAGAACAGAGAAGGUAGAGCCCAAGGGCUCAGCUGAAGCCCUGCAGCCGGGAGGUCAGGUCCUGACCUUCCAGGUGACGCCCUCCGACUACCUGCUCGGCGUGGCCGACCUGACCGGAGAGCUGAUGCGGAUGUGCAUCAGCAGUGUGGGCAACGGCGACAUCGACACGCCGUUCCAGCUGAGCCAGUUCCUGCGGCAGAUCCACGACGGCUUCUCCUACAUCGGGAACACGGGGCCGUACGAGGUGUCCAAGAAGCUGCACACGCUGCGACAGAGCCUGGGCAAAGUGGAGGAUGCCUGCUACGCCCUGCGUGUCCGCGGUUCGGAAAUCCCCAAACACAUGCUGGCUGACGUGUUCUCCAGUAGGACCACACUUCUCGACCCGGAGGAAGGAGUGGUUUAAGUCCUGCACAGCUUCUACAGCAGUGUUUAUGUUCUCUAUGGUGUCAUUGUCUGCUUUGGGUUUUCUCCAGUUCAAUGUUUGUAUGCAUUUUUAAUGGGAUUUGACAGAUGUUUGAUAUGGUCCGUGACACGCUGGUUAAUUUCGUUUUUGUUAUUACAAUAAAAACAGUGUAACAGUGUUACAAUAGACAAUUAUUUUUCUUUGAUAAAGAUCUGAUGACCUCAAUUGUUUUGCAUGAAUAAAAGUUCCGUGCCAAAU